UGUUUUCGUCGUUUCGUGUGGUUGCUCGCUCUGGUCCCUCAGUUGUUUUCCGAAAUCGGUAUCAGUGAGGCAAGUAAGCAUGCUUGUUGACAUCGCCAGCGUCGCGCUGCGAACUCCUGCCUCGCGAACGAGAUUGCUCGCGGAUUAGUCGGACGCGCAUUAUAUAAGCGUCACGUCGUGCUUGUUUCCCAGCUAGCGCCGCGACAACUUUCUCGCCGCGCAGUACACAACGCCGUUUUCGAGCGUAACCAGGCCAGACAAAGGGCGCCUAGCGAUGGACACCAGGAGGUAGUGUUGUGAUAAGCAUAAACACACAACAAACAGAAACAAAAGCAAGCGAAACAACGAGAAGAUGCAUCGUGCAAUGUUUGCAUCUGCUUCGACGGCGCUCGGUGGAGUGGAGUUGGACAAACCUGAAAGGGAAGCGAUUCAUUCGGGACAGUUUAUGGUCUCGCAUUUUGAGGCCGAAGCACAGGAUGACGAAGAUGAACUUGCGGUGCCUGUGCCAGAAGUUGCCGAAAUCAAGAACGAAUUCGAAAUUGUGCCAAUCGCGAAAAGCGACCCCAACAAACAGAAGCUGAACACAUGCAGGAAACUCAUAAUCAGACCCCCAAUUGGUAUUGAUACCAGUUUGGCGAAACUCUUUCAAUGCAUGUCGCUUGCAUACAGGCAAAAACUAACUUCACCCAAAUGGAAUCGGUUCCGUGGCAUACGACUGCGCUGGAAGGACAAAAUACGACUGAACAACGUCAUUUGGAGAUGCUGGCACAUGCAGUUCAUAAAGAAGCGCAAUACGAUGAUUUGCCAAUUUGCGUCGCCGCUAGAUGUCGACACGCACAACAAACCGGAGGCGGUUGUGCUCGAGGGUAAAUAUUGGAAGCGUAAAUUGGCGGCUGUUACCGCUGAGUACAAGAAAUGGCGAAUGUUUUAUCGCAAUCAAGUGAUGGGACACAACAAAGAUGCUGCAGACAUGCUCGAGUUAGAAUUGUUAUCAUGGAAUGCGCAACCAAUGGACGAGAACAUGAUGGUGGAUGAGGAUUACAUGGGGUUGAUGAGUGAUACUUUUUCGACGAUAACAAAUCAACCGUUUCCUUUUCCCGAUACUCGAGAAAUUGCGAAAGCUGGUUUGGCCGAUUUUAUCCAACCGAGCUUGGGACCUCUGCAGCCCAAUUUGGAGGACUACAUGGAUACAUUUGAACCAUUCCAAGAUUUGAUUUGUGGAAGACUUGCUACUGUACCUGAAGAACACCACCAGGCUGUUGCUUUUAAAAACGACAUGUGGUACCCGGAUUAUGGGAACUUAUCAAGUAGCAGUAUACCAGUUCAUCCACCUGUAAACCUUCCAAUCGAAACAUAUCCAAUGCAACCGCCUCAGCUGCCACCACCUCCACGACCCCAACAUGUCCCUGUAAAGCCGCCACCGACGCUGGACUACGCUGACCCUGCCAUGUUUGCGCCGAUGAUCUCAAAACCACCGCAACCCACACAGCGUAAAGCGCAUUCGAUGGAUCUUGUGCCUAUGCCUACGAAACCUUUCAUGUCGCACGUCAACCAAGUGAACCAAAUUAACCAAGUCAAUAUUGCAGCGAGUCCUAGUUAUACUUCUAAUCAAAUUCAAGAUACUCAUGAUAUGGGCAAUUACAAAAUGCCCAAUUCCACACAUUUAGCGCAGCAACCACCGACGCAAAGCUAUAAAUUUGGGGCGCCGACGUUGCCCAGCAUUAAAUUUACAUCACAAACCACUUCAGGUGGUAACGACGCUCAAUCGCAUUUUAAUUCGCAUUCACUUGAAGCCAAAAAAGACGACAAUAAGGUUGUAAAACCACGAAACGCAAGAGGCAGGCCACGCUCAAGAUCCAACACACGUGAACCUUUAAAAAAGCCGCCGCUCCUCUCGGCCGUCAGUGAUCCAUCGCUUAUCACUUCCAGCAACAGUGCCUUGUUGACGCAGCUACUUAAAAAUAACGACGGUGCUUCGACGUUGAGCGCAUCGCGGGUUAUUAUGCCGCUUGAGCGCAAAAGCGCCAGUUUUGUGCGCGUUAAAGAGGAGGUGACACCAAUCUCCAUUUUGCCACAACCUGCGCCCACGACCCUUAUACUCACACCCGUGAGUAUGACACCAAUACGGCAGACAGUCAACAUUGAUCCUUUAAUGAUCAACACAAUAAAUGCAUCGAACAGUAGUCCAGGUCUUCCAGAAACAUGUCUAAAUUCACCCACCCCAUCGCAGGAUUCGAUGGGCAGCCCAACUCGUGAUUCAAGUCGGGAUUCUCGACGCGCUGGUCAUAUCCAUGCCGAACAAAAACGACGCUAUAAUAUUAAGAACGGUUUCGAUAUGAUCCACUCGCUUAUUCCGCAUUUAAAUCAAAAUCCUAAUGCUAAAUUAAGUAAAGCAGCUAUGUUACAAAAAGGUGCAGAGUAUAUAAAACAAUUACGAGCUGAGCGAAACAUGCUUACCGAAGAAAUGGACAGUUUAAGACAACAAAUUGAGGCGUUAAACACUUCGAUUAGUAACUGCCAAUCACUGUUGCCCGCAACCGGCGCACCAGUCUCGCGCCGGCGCGAUAACAAACUACAAGAAAUGUUUGACGAGUACGUGCGCACGCGGACGGCGGAAGACUGGAAAUUCUGGAUUUUCAGCCUUCUUUUCCGACCACUUUUGACGACAUUCAACAAUGUGGUAUCCACGACGAGUAUGGAUGAUCUGUACAGAUCAACGAUGCUUUGGGUUGAGCAGCAUUGUACUUUAGUUGAUCUUCGACCAAUUGUUCUCAAUUCUUUGAGAUAUGUAUGCACCAAAACUGAUAUUCUAUCAGAGCCUGAAAAGCUACCCGAGGAAGCUCGCCAGAUGGUCCAGUCAACCCAUAGUCAUCCCGCGCAAUAAUCACACAUACACGCACACACACACAAACCCAGAAUAUGAAACAAAUGAACGUACAAAGUAAGUAAAGCGGAACACAUGAGAUACAAUAGUGAGAAUGUGAGUUUGUUAUGAGAGUUUAUAUAUUUGGUAAAGCGGCUUCGAGAAACAAAAUCACGUUUGGAUUCUUGCCAUAUAUUUGUUGCAAUUUAUUCAAUUUUAUAUACAUAAUACAAAAAGAA